AUGAGCUUGACCACGCGCGUGUUCAACCUGUUCUCGACGACAGACUCUUCCCCCGUGGACUCGACUGCGUCGACCGCUGCCUACUCCAAGACCGCCAGCACCGGUGACCAUGUCUUUCAUCCGUCUCCGAUAAGGCCCGGCGCCGACUCCUCCGUUCACAAUGCCCCGGUAUCGAUCGACGAGGAAGAGGAGCCGCGGCCUCCGUAUCUCCAUGCUAUGCUUGCGGGCGGUACCGGCGGGACAUGCGGCGACAUGCUGAUGCAUUCGCUAGAUACCGUCAAGACGAGACAACAGGGCGACCCCCACAUCCCGCCGAAAUAUACGUCCAUGACCUCGUCAUAUGCGACCAUAUACCGCCAGGAGGGUGUUCUCCGAGGCUUAUACGGAGGCGUUACUCCCGCGCUUUUCGGAUCCUUCCCGGGCACAGUGAUCUUCUUUGGAGUGUAUGAGUUUACGAAACGUCGCAUGUUGGAUGCUGGGAUCAAUGCCAAUAUUGCGUACUUGUCGGGAGGAUUCUUUGCGGAUCUCGCUGCCUCGAUCGUCUACGUCCCGUCCGAAGUUCUGAAAACGCGCCUGCAGCUGCAGGGCCGCUACAACAACCCGCAUUUCAAUUCGGGCUAUAACUACCGCUCGACCACCGAUGCACUGCGCACGAUUGUCCGCCAGGAAGGAUUCUCAGCUCUGUUUUACGGUUACAAGGCGACCAUCUUCCGCGACCUCCCCUUCUCCGCGCUGCAAUUCGCAUUCUACGAACAGGAACACAAGAUGGCGAUCGACUGGGUGGGGUCGAGGGAUAUCGGACUGGGCCUGGAGAUCCUGACGGCUGCCACGGCCGGUGGCAUGGCGGGCGUCAUUACCUGCCCCAUGGAUGUGGUGAAGACGCGCAUCCAGACCCAGCAGAACCCGGACACUGCGGCGCCCAAGUCCUCGACGGAACCGGCCUCGAUCAAGGAGAGUCCGCGCGCACACGGCGCAUCGCAGACGACGUCGACUCUGCGCACGCAUUCGCGACCGAUCUCGACCUCUGGGGCUUCGACAUCGGUGGCUCCGCCGGGGGCGCCCCGUCUGGACACAUCGUCCUUCUUCACGGGCCUGAAGAUGAUCUACCAGACGGAAGGGAUCGCGGGGUGGUUCCGCGGGGUUGGGCCUCGCGGCGUGUGGACCAGCAUUCAGAGCGGCACGAUGCUGGUUAUGUACCAGUAUUUGCUGAAGAAGCUGGAGACAUGGCAGACGAUGGGGGAGACGGGUCCCCUAUAG